AUGAGGGCUGGAGCACAUAAAAGAGAAGUCAUAGCAACAGUGAGCAGGACUCCUUUGGUUUUGAAGCUACUUAAGACAAGUGAGCAGAGAAGGAGAACCAUGAGUGCCAUUUCCAAGAAUUCCUUGAAGAGCUCACUGCUGCAACUAGAAUGUCAUUUUACAUGGGCGUUGCUGAAGGAGGAUGUGGAUCUCGAUGACUUAGAGGAAACAAUAGGCUAUCAGCUAGAGUUUUUCAUAGAAUCCAACACCACAAAUUAUAAUCUACUAUCCUAUGUGUACCACCUAAUGAAUUCAAAUGAGAAAGCCCUGAGAAAUCUCCAAAAAGCUGAAGAAGUUGUUAAAAAAAAUUAUCCAGAUGAAAUUGCCAGGAGAAGUCUUGUUACCUGGGGAAACUAUGCCUGGAUCUAUUACCACAUGGAGAGAUAUGAAGAAGCUCAAACUUAUGUAAGCAAAGUGGAAAACAGUUGCAAAAAGCUUUCAAGUACUGCUCAAUGGAAGAUUAAGCUUCCAGAGAUCUAUGCUGAGCAAGGAUGGUCAUUAUUAAAGUUUGGGGCAAAAUACUAUGAGAGAGCAAAGAAUUGCUUUGAAAAUGCUCUGAAGAAUGAACCCAACAACCCGACAUUUAAUGCUGGCUAUGCAAUAGCCAUGUAUCGUUUGGAAGAUUUUGCUUCCAGACGAUGUGAAGAGGUAAGCCCGUCCAUUGAGCCCCUGAAGCGUGCAGUGGAACUGAAUCCAAAGGACACUUUCAUUAUGGCAUUACUUGCAUUAAAACUUCAGGACUUGAACCAAGUUGGUGAAGGGGAGAGAUACAUUGCAGAAGCAAUGCAGGAGACCCCUGAUUUUCCUCAUUUCCUGCGAUAUGCUGCUAAAUUUUACAGAAGGAAAGGAGAAGUGGACAAGGCACUGGAGAUUUUGAAAAAGGCCCUAGCAGUGACACCAAAAUCUGCUUUUUUGCAUCACCAGCUAGGACUCUGCUACAGAGGGAAGCUGUUUCAAUUGAAAAGAACUACAAGAUUUCCACCUCAAAAGCAAGUGGAGGAACUCAUACGACUUUCCAUUUUUCAUUUUAAAACAGGAAUUGACCAAAGACCAAAAUUUUUUUCUGCUUCUGUUGAUCUAGCAAAUAUGUAUGCGGAAGCAAAGAGGUAUGAAGAAGCAGAAGAGAUGUUUCAGAAAGCAUUUCAGAUAAAUAUUCUAUCCAAUAACGAUAAACAAGAGUUCUACUACCAGUAUGGCAAUUUUCAGCGUUUUCAUAUGAAAUCAGAAUCUGAAGCCAUUAAGUAUUACACAGAAGGGCUGAAAAUUGAAGAAGAUUCUUAUGCAAGAAAACAGUGCAGAAAUUAUCUGAAGAAAUUGUUGGAACAGAGAAUUCAGAGAGGUGUAGGAGAUGCAAAUGAUUUCGGUACACUUGGAUUUGUUCAUAAUCUAAAUGGUGAGAAACAUGAAGCAAUUGAGUGCUAUGAGAAAGCCAUUGCAUUGUAUCCCAACAAUGAAGAAUAUCUGAGUGCAUUAUAUGACCUACGGCUUUCCAUCUCAAGUUAA